GCUCUUCCUCUUUGGCCCGUCCAUCAUUGUGGUAGGACAACCUGUAUGGCAAGGCCGUAAAAUCCGAUGUAAUCCACCGUCAGGAGAAAAGAAAAUCAUAUAAAGAUGACGGAACAGAUGACACUACGUGGUACCCUAAAGGGACACAAUGGAUGGGUUACCCAAAUCGCUACAACACCCCAGUUUCCCGACAUGAUUUUGUCGGCAUCCAGAGAUAAAACUGUUAUUAUGUGGAAGUUGACCCGUGAUGAAACCAACUACGGAAUUCCGCAAAGGGCACUAAGAGGUCAUUCUCACUUUGUUAGUGAUGUUGUGAUGUCUUCAGAUGGCCAGUUCGCACUGUCUGGAUCUUGGGAUGGUACUCUACGUCUUUGGGAUCUUACCACUGGCGUAACAACGCGUCGUUUUGUUGGACACACAAAAGAUGUAUUAAGCGUGGCCUUCUCUGCUGACAAUCGUCAGAUUGUAUCCGGGUCUCGUGAUAGAACCAUCAAAUUAUGGAAUACACUGGGAAUUUGUAAAUACACAAUCCAGGAAGAUGGACACACUGAAUGGGUGUCAUGUGUUCGAUUUUCACCAAAUAACCAGAACCCCAUCAUUGUGUCCUGUGGUUGGGAUAAGCAUGUCAAGGUUUGGAAUUUAACAAACUGUAAACUCAAGACAAACCAUAUUGGGCAUUCAGGAUAUUUGAACUGUGUAACUGUAUCACCAGAUGGAUCAUUGUGUGCUUCUGGGGGAAAGGAUGGUCAAGCCAUGUUGUGGGAUUUGAAUGAAGGGAAACAUUUAUACACAUUAGAUGGUGGUGAGAUUAUCAACGCACUGUGUUUUAGUCCAAAUCGUUAUUGGCUUUGUGCGGCAACUGGACCUACCAUCAAAAUAUGGGAUUUAGAAGGCAAGAUUAUUGUUGAUGAGCUGCGACCUGAAGUAAUCACCGGCAGUAGCAAAGCUGAACCACCACAGUGCAUUUCCCUUGCAUGGUCCGCAGAUGGACAAACCCUGUUUGCUGGUUACACUGACAACCUUAUCAGAGUAUGGCAAGUCAGCCGACUGGUCUAAUUUAACAAAAAAAAAAUCUACAUUUGAAGUCUUUGAAUAACAGGGAUUUUCAUUGCCUCCCUGGUAAACAAGGAAGUGUCAUGUAGACAGAAAAAAAGACAAAUAUCUCUUUGCCAAGAAUCAAGGUGCUUCACACUUCUUCUGUACCAACUCUGAAAUUGACGCUAAUAAAAUCAUACUUGUAAAUUAUCUUGGCAAAUAAAGUCUGCCUUUGUAACUGAAGGUUGAAUUGAAA